GGCACCAUGCCCGGCCUCUACUGCCCCUCCAGCUGGACGCCGCUGCCGCUCACCGACUCCUGGGUGCGGGCCUGCGCCAACGGACCCUGCCUCAGCCUGCGGGCCAGGCUCACCUACCGCAACCCGCAGCCGCAGCCCGUGGACGGCGUGUUCGUGUACCCGCUGGCCGAGGCCGAGGUGGUGUCGGGCUUCGAGGCCGAGGCCGCUGGACGGCGCGUCUCCUUCCAGCUGCAGAGCCGGCGCCGCUCGCAGGCCGCCUGCUGUCGCGCCCUGGGCCCCGCGCUGGGGACCUCGACGCCUCGCCGCUGCGCUCAGGGUCACCUUGUCUUGGAUCUGGCCCAGGCCCGGUCCACGCUGGUGCUGCCCACCGGCCUUAUCGCUGCAGCUGGCACCAUGACAGUGACUCUGUGCAGCAGCCAGGAGCUGCCCUCCAGGCCUGAUGGGGUAUUGCGUGUGGCUCUGCCCACUGUGCUCACCCCACUGGCCCCCUCAGGCCCUCCAGGGCCCCUCAGGCCUCCGGGGCUCUGUGACGACAGCCCCACCAGCUGCUUCGGGGUAGGCAGCCCUCAGGAGGAAGGGCUGGCCUGGGAGGAGCCAGCUGUCCCUCCGGAUGUGUUCUCAGGCCCUGCCCGCUGCCCUGCCCCUUAUACCUUCUCCUUUGAGAUGCUGGUGACCGGCCCAUGCCUGCUGGCAGGCCUGGAGAGCCCCUCUCACGCCCUGCGAGCAGAUGCCCCUCCUCAUGCCAGCUCUGCAACUACCAUCUGUGUCACGCUGGCAGAGAGCCACCGAUGUGACCGGACCUUGGAGAUCCUGCUGUAUCCCAGUGAGCCCCAUCAGCCACAUUUGAUGCUGGAGGCUGGCAGCCUGAGCUCAGCAGAAUAUGAGGCCCGGGUGAGAGCCCGCCGGGACUUCCAGAGACUGCAGCGGAGGGACAGUGAUGGAGACCGGCAGGUGUGGUUCCUGCAGCGACGCUUCCACAAGGAUAUCCUAUUGAACCCUGUGCUGGUGCUGAGCUUCUGUCCAGACCUGAGCCCCAGACCUGGCCACCUGGCCACAGCUACCCGGGAACUCCUCUUCCUGCUGGAUGGCAGCAGCAUAGCACACAAGGAUGCCCUGGUUUUGGCUGUAAAGUCCCUUCCAUCUCAGACACUUGUCAACCUGGCCACGUUUGGGACAUCGGUACAGCCACUCUUCCCAGAGAGCCGGCCUUGCAGUGAUGACACUGUGCAGCUGGUCUGUGAGCACAUUGAGACCCUGCAGGCUGUGAGUGAUCCUCCAGAUGUGCUUGCUGCACUGGACUGGGCUUUGGGGCAACCCCAGCACAGGGCUUACCCUCGGCAGCUGUUCCUGCUCACUGCUGCCUCAUCCAUGGCAGCUACCACCCAGCAAGCCCUGGAGCUCAUGAGGUGGCACAAGGGAGCAGCCAGGUGUUUCUCCUUUGGGCUGGGGGCCAGCUGCCACCAGCUGCUACAGGGUCUGUCUGCCCUCAGCAGGGGCCAGGCCUUCUUCCUGAGGACUGGGGAGCGGCUGCAGCCCAUGCUGGUGCGGGCUCUGCGGAAGGCACUGGAGCCAGCUUUGAGUGACAUCUCUGUGGACUGGUUUGUGCCUGAUGCUGUAGAGGCACUGUUGACACCCCGGGAGAUCCCAGCACUCUACCCUGGGGACCAGCUGCUCGGUUACUGCUCACUCUUGAGGGUGGACGGCUUCCGGCCCCGCCCUCCAGGGGGCCAAGAGCCUGGCUGGCAAAGCUUGGGUGGCUCUGUGUUCCCAUCCCCAGAGGAGGCACCAUCUGUCACCAGUCCUGGCACUGAUCCCACAGGCACCUCAGAGCCACUUGGAACAGGCACUGUGUCUGCAGACCUAUCUAGCCCAUGGGCUGCUGGGGACUCAGAGCAGAAUACUGAUGCUCUCACGGACCCAGUCACAGACCCUGGACCCAAUCCCUCCUCUGACACAGCCAUAUGGCGGCGCAUCUUCCAGUCGUCAUACAUCCGGGAGCAGUAUGUGCUCACCCACUGCUCUGCCAGCCCUGAACCAGGCCCAGGCUCCACAGGCAGCAGCGAGUCCCCAGGUUCCCAAGGCCCUGGCUCUCCAGAGGGUAGUUUUCCUCUGGAUCCCCCUUCUCAGCAGGGCUGCCGCAGCCUGGCCUGGGUAGAACCCGCAGGCUCUCGCUCCUGCCCCCUGCCUGCACCCCCACCGGCUCCAUUCAAGGCAGGAGCCUUGAGUGCUGAGGUGCUGGGUCGUCGGCACAGAGCAGCCCUGCCUGGCCGAAGUCUCUCAUCUCCCCCAGGCCGGGCAAAUCCAGCCCCUGGACAACCUCGGCAUCCUUCUCUGGGUGCAGUACCAGAUGUGCCAGGCUCUGAACCAAGCCAGCAGCUGGGUCAGGGCCUGGAUGAGUCAGGAAACCUGCUCUCCCCAGCCCCCAUGGACUGGGACAUGUUGAUGGAACCACCCUUCUUGUUCACAGCUGCGUCAUCUGAACCAGUCCCUUCAGCAGUACCAUUGCCUCCCCAGGCUCCGCGGUGCCAUGUGGUGAUCCGGGGCCUAUGUGGGGAACAGCUUAUGUGCUGGGAUGUGGGUGUUGGGCUGGAGACACUUUGGGGGCCUGGGGAUAGCUCACAGUCUCCAGCAUGCCCUGCAAGAGAAGCUGCGUGGGACCAAGCAUUCCAUCGGCUAACAGCAGCCUCUGUGGUCCGGGACAAUGAGCAGCUAGCUCUCCGAGGAGGGGGUGAGACCACAGCUGAUCGGGGCCAUGCCCGGAGAUCCUGGCUCCGAGCCCUACAGACAAGCAAGGUCAGCUCUGCCCCUUCCUGCUUCACCUGUCCUGUUGCAGUGGAUGCUGCCACGAGGGAGGUCCUGCCUGGGAUCCUGCAGGUGCAGAGCUCAGAGCCACCUGAGCCCCCAGGCAACUCUACCUCUCAGGGCCAUCCAGAUGCAGCACCUCUACCCACAGCCAUCUGCUCUGAAGGUGCAGGAGAAUUGGACCAAAAUGACACCUCCAAACCAGCUUCGGGAGAGCCCACAAUUCCCACCCAGGGGCCUCGCCACCUGCCUCUCCAGCCUCCUUCUAGACUCAGUCUGGGUCACCGUGGCAGACUCAGUGGUCCCCACCAAGGCCAGGCCAGUGAGGGCAACCGAGAAGGCAGUGACCAUGACUACCUACCCUUGGUGCGGCUGCAGGAGGCACCAGGCUCCUUCCGCCUGGAUGCCCCCUUUUGUGCAGCCGUGUGCAUCCCCCGGGAGCGCCUGUGCCGCGCCUCACCCUUUGCUGCCCACCGAGCCAGCCUCAGUCCCACCUCGGCCUCAUCUCCCUGGGCACUCCUGGGCCCUGGUGUGGGCCAGGGUGACAGUGCCACAGCCUCCUGCAGCCCAUCCCCUAGCUCAGGCUCUGAAGGCCCAGCCCAGGUGGAUAGUGGGCGGGGCUCGGACACUGCCUCUGAGGGGGCAGAGAGGCCUGGUGACUCAGAUCUGAGGGGCCGCACUUGGGCCACAGCUGUGGCUCUUGCGUGGCUGGAACACCGCUGUGCUGCUGCUUUUGGCGAGUGGGAACUGACAGCAGCUAAGGCUGACAGUUGGCUGCGGGCCCAACACCUGCCAGAUGGGCUUGACCUGGCAGCCCUUAAAGCGGCUGCUCGAGGGCUCUUCCUCCUGCUCCGUCACUGGGACCAGAACCUCCAGCUACACCUGUUGUGCUACAGCCCUUCCAAUGUAUGAGGCUGCCUGCUGCUGGGCCCCGCCCCCCACAUUCAUGUCACUGCCACCCAGAGCUGGCUUCUCGGUGCUGGGAAGGGAUAGGCUGGUGUCAGCCCAUCCCCCAUCGCUUUUCAUCUCCUCCCCAGAAUCUUCUCACCUCCACAAAAAGUGCCUGCCUAAGCUCUCUUCCUUUUCUUUCUACUCCAUGGCUCUUCCCAUGUUUGCUGAGUUCUCGGCAGCAUAGUGAAAGGGAAAGAGAGCCAUGGUCCACAAAUCCUAUGCAAUAAAGUGCCUAUU